AUUAUACUAUUUGAUUUCAUUAUUUCCAUUAUAUAAGAGCACAUACAACAUAACUAUGAAGAAUCACCAAACAUAUUACUAACUCUCCCAAAAUGCAAUUCUUCAGCUUGGCUUCCAUUUUCCUUUUUCUAUUUUCCCUCUUUUUGUUAAGGAAAUGGAAGAACUCAAAUAGCCAAACCAAAAAAUUGCCUCCAGGUCCAUGGAAACUUCCUUUUAUAGGAAGCAUGCAUCACAUGGCUGGUGGACUUCCACACCGCGUUCUUAGAGAUUUAGCCAAAAAAUAUGGACCGCUCAUGCAUCUUCAGCUUGGUGAAGUUUCUGCAGUUGUUGUAACUUCUUCUGAGUUGGCUAAACAAAUACUAAAAACUCAUGACCUCGCAUUUGCAUCUAGGCCUAAACUCUCGGCCAUGGAUAUUAUCUGUUAUGAUAGCCGCGACAUUGUCUUUAGCCCCUACGGUGAGUAUUGGAGACAAAUGCGUAAAAUUUGUGUCAUGGAACUACUGAGUGCAAAGAAUGUCCGGUCAUUUAGCUCAAUCAGACAUGAGGAAGUUAAUCGUCUCAUUGAAUCUAUCCGAUCAUCUUCAUCUUCUGGUGACCUAAUUAAUUUUACAGAAAGGGUCAUUUGGUUCACAAGCAGCAUGAUAUGUAGAUCAGCAUUUGGGCAAGUCCUAAAAGAGCAAGACGAAUUUAUAAAACUAAUUGGAGAAGUGGUAAGCUUAGCAGGAGGCUUUGAUGUGGCUGACAUCUUCCCUUCAUACAAGUUUCUUCAUUCUCUCAGUCCAGCAAAGCAAACACUUCUAGAUGCUCACCGUAAAGUAGAUGCAAUUGUUGAGGAUGUCAUUAACGAGCACAAGAAGAAUCUCGAAAAUCACAACAGUGAUGAUGCAUUAGGAGGUGAAGACCUAGUUGAUGUCCUACUAAGACUUAUGAAGGAUAGAAAUCUUCAGUUCCCCAUCACCAACGAUAAUAUCAAAGCUAUUAUUGUUGACAUGUUUGCUGCGGGAACAGAAACUUCAUCAACAACAACUGUAUGGGCUAUGGUUGAAAUGAUGAAAAAUCCAAGCAUACUCGCCAAAGCACAAGCAGAAGUGCGAGAAGCCUUCAGAGACAAAGCAACAUUCGAUAACAUUGAUGUGGAGGAGCUGAAAUACUUAAAGUUAGUUGUUAAAGAAACUAUGAGAUUUCAUGCACCAGUUCCACUUUUGGUCCCUAGAGAAUGUAGAGAAGAGACUAACAUAAACGGCUACACUAUUCCAGUGAAGACCAAAGUCAUGGUUAACGUUUGGGCACUGGGAAGAGAUCCAAACUAUUGGGAUGAUGUAGAAAGCUUUAAGCCAGAGAGGUUCGAGCAGUGCUCUGUGGACUUUGUUGGUAAUAAUUUUGAAUAUCUCCCCUUUGGCAGCGGGAGGAGGAUGUGUCCCGGGAUGUCAUUUGGUUUAGCUAAUGUUUAUUUGCCGUUGGCUCAAUUGCUUUAUCACUUUGAUUGGAAACUCCCUACUGGAAUGGAGCCAAGAGACUUGGAUGUGACUGAAUCAAGUGGAGCCACUGCCACCAGAAAAAAUGACCUUUAUUUGAUUGCCACUCCUUAUCAACCUUAAUGAAAUCAACUUUUUAAAGUUCCUUUUAUUAUAGUGAGGUGUUUGAAAUAAAAAAGUGCUAUUUCUUUUAAUAUAUUGUAGUCUUCUGAGAUUAUCAAGUGUUAAAUUUCUCACUAGAAUGAUUUUGUAUGACACAUUUCGUGUAUUAUAUUUUCCAUUCUUAAAAAUCUUGGUGUCUUAA